UAAAUCGCCAUCUGGCACGUCCCCUUAGUCGAUGACACAUCUGUGUCUAAGAUGGCGUCGCUCAUUGACAACUACGAACAGCAGUAUGCCGUUUUGACAGCUGACAUUACCGCGAAGAUCGGCAGAAUAAGGAGCCAGAGCGGCGGUGAGAAAAGGGCCUUUAUUCAGGAUGUGGACCGGCAAAUUGAGGAAGCUCAAGAGCUGCUGGAGCAGAUGGAGUUGGAGGUUCGUGGGAUGAACGGGACGGCUCGCGAUCGGCUGCGCGGUCGCGUGGAGAGUCACCGGGCAGAGUUGAAGCGCCUGACUCAGGAGUUCCAGGCGGCGAAGAAACCAAAGGAGGACGUUACGGAGAUCACCGUGGAGGAGUCCUGGGACAACAAUGUAACGGAAGACCAGAGGAAAAGACUGCUGGACGCGUCUGAGAGAAUAGAGAGAACAGGACGGACGUUACAGAAUGGCUAUCGCGUGGCGCUGGAAACGGAGGAGAUCGGGUCGCAAGUGUUAAAGGAACUGCACGAGCAGCGAGAAACGAUACAGCGCAGCAGAGGGAGGUUACGCGAGACGGACGCGGAGUUGGGACGUGGGUCUCGAUUAUUAUCGGGAAUGAUCUUCCGCAGUCUCCAACAGAGGGUUAUUUUAGCGACGGUGGCGUUAGUACUGAUAAUCGUCGCGUGCUUUGUGAUAUACUAUAGUUUUAAGUCUAAAAGCUAAAGAACAUACGCUCUCUUCGGCCGGAUGACCGGCUUGUGGAAGCCAUAUUUAUUAUCAGAGAAUUCAAAAGGUUAUUUCUAUCAAAUUGCGAGGUUCGUUAGGUAAUUAUGUGAUCAUCACUAAUUGUCGUAUCGUCUAUCGUCCGUGCGGACUUGUUUGUCACAUUUUGCCUCGACGAGCGGCCGUCGUCGCCGUGUACAUUUAAUCUCUCGUUAAUUUGAUUCCACUCCACGCGGACGAAUCGCUGGCUAACGUAGAACAGGCGGAGAAUAUCACCGAACAGGAGGGUAAGGUCAGCCAGUGUGAUUGCUAUAUAAGAUUCCUAUGGUAAAAAAAAGUAUCGACCACUCACGUGGUAAAGAGAUGAAAAUUCCAACGUUUUUCAUGCGAUCGGUAAUACACUGAGCCGGUGUGAAUAAUUACCAAAUGCGAUUUAUUCCGAGCGCCGCUGCCUGAAGAUUGUUUCGAACGUUGCGAGAAAAGAUCGGAAAAGUCCUUCGGUACACGCAUACACAGUUGUUACAUAAGCGGAUAUCCGGAAGUUCGAUCGGUCGAUAUAUCGCCUUCUGCGUUCUGAAGGUACUCCGAACCAUAGAGUGUGUAUACACACACACAGCGAGAAAUAUAUUUAUUAAACAAUAUCCAUGAUUUGUGUGGCGUGCCGACUGACGAGCACGUGAAAUCCUUACCUCUUCAUGUUCGAGUUAACGGCUACUUGUGUCAUUGUUACAUUGACCGAGCCGAGCGAGCGUGAUCGCGAGUUCGGCGGUGGAUUCUAUCAACUAAAAAUGCAUUCUACAAUCGUGUCUUACGCAGGGGACAACAGCGGUCACCGUGUACAUUAAGAUUACACGCGGGUGAAAGGUCGACGACUCGUAAAUACACAUCUAUCACUGAAAGUAUCAAAGGAUGCUUGUAAUUGAGAGAAAAACUAGACGCGCCUAAUAAUAACUCCUUUUAUUACUUGUAAUGUUAUCAUUUACCUUAAUAGCCUAAACGGUGCUUCUUUUUGUCUGCGUCCCUAAUGUACCUGUGGAAAAUGAUAUAUAUAAUAAAAGUAUCGAGGGUUAACGAA